CAACAAAGACACCAGCUGUUUCAGUAAUGUUUGAGACGGAGGAGAAAUUGGCAUGGACAUGGAACCCAUCACCAGCACACAGCUAUCUCAAUUUAAUACGCAUAGACAGCUUCCAGGAGAUAUCAACAUUUGGUGGAACUUAUCAAGGAGACUUGCAUCCCAUGAUUUUUGUGCAAGGUAGUGACCCACUUCCACAUAACAGGUAUCACUGUUGGACCAUCUGCAUACAGAACAUAUGGAAUGCUGAGGUGAUGUUGGGAGUGGCAACAGAAAAUGCUGAAUUUAUUGAUGACUGGAACUACAUGGGCCGCAUUGGGAGAGAUGGACAUUCUUGGACUCUUUCCUCUAGAGGGUCCCUGUACCACCACAAUUAUGCUGUUGUUCAUGAAGACUAUCGGUUUUUUCCCAAGGACCUUGUGACAGUCCACCUUGAUCUCAUCAAGAGAACUCUUAUGUUUGCUAUCAACAAUAAAGUUAUUGGUUUGCAAUAUCAAAAUCUACCACAUGGUGUUGAUCUUUAUCCUGUGGUGGGUGUGGCUGGACGGUGUGUAUUAAGGCUAGUUUCUGCAUACAUGUGUGAGUCCUCACUGCACUUGAUGUCUCUGGUGACACACAUAAUUGCUCGUUGCAAGGCCAGAGCACCAAAGAUACAAAGUAGAGUUCCUAAGUUUCCUGAUGGGACUUGUUUGCAGUGGUGUGGCACAGUAUCUAUUGAUAAGUUGCUGCUCCCACCUGGACUUAUGAAGACUUGCAAAGUGCUCUACCCAUGGUUCUUCGCAGAUCACCAAAUGAAACCUUAUACUCGGGCAGAACAGAGAAGACGGUGUAAUAAACACGAGAUGCCGAAAGUUAUUCGUUUUGCAGACUCAAAAACAAAUGAAUCGUCAACUGAGCGACGAGACAUGACCAAACGUAUUGUGAAAAGUCGAAAGUGUCAUUGUGGCAACAUUAAUAAGGAUAAUAGUUGUUCCCAUGAAAGUGUGCUAAGAUUCUUCAGAAAGAGAGACAUAUGUUAUUUGAGCAGUAGUGAUGAUGAAAUAUUUCCUCGUAUUACUAAAAAGAAUAAGAAGAGGCUACGUAGAUGAGUAGUUAUCCUUCUUACAACGGGAUAUUCAUUGUGUAUAAUGGUUGUGAUAAGUUUUGCAUUGUUGCUCUACUCUACAUGGCACAUGUGCCCUUAUGGAUUUAACACUUCCAGUGAUUAUAAUGAUGACAGUUUCUUCUUAUAUUAAGUAAGGAAAAAGAAUGCUUGAAAAGGAUCAGCAUUGAGUAUCUAUAGGUAGGACAGUAUUGGAAUUUAAAAAAGACUAGGAAAAAGUAGACAAAGAGUGAGAUAAAGACUGGGAAAAAUAUCUUUGUAAUUGAGGAUAUGCAUCCUCGCCAUUAAUUGCCUGUGUGUGUUGCUACACACACAACAAGAAAACAUUCAUGGUUGAAGCUAAUUUCAUAUAGUAUAUGGUUUUUAUUUGAGAUCUUUAAUGGGUAUGUAAGUCAGCUGACCUUUUAUGACAGUACUUGAAGCAGUUGUAAUUUUACUGAUAUAGUUAUUUUUAUCAAAUAUUUUCAUAUUUUUUCUAUUGUGUGAAAUAUCUCUUGUGUACAUUUUAUCCUUGUUUCUAAAAGUGAUAUUGUUAGUUAAUAUCAACAAGUUGAAAUGUAACUUAUGACUACAAAACA